AUGAAUUAUAAUGAUGGUAAUAAUAUUCUUGAAGAAGAGGUUGAUACAGUUGAAGUUAAUGAUACUUUAAAAGAAAAUAAUAUAUUUGAUGAUUUUUUUGAAGAAAAAGAUGAUAAAUUUGAUAGUUUUUUUGAAGGAGAAGAUGAUAAAUUUAAAGAUUUGAAAAAGAUAUAG